CUGACAGUUGUAUCGCCAACAUUUUUCUCAUGUCAUCUAGAUCACUGCUGGAGCUGCCGAUUCUGAUCUUCACUUCAGUUCAGGCUGCACAGAUGAUGACGGCUGUCAGGCUAAUGCUUUCUGAGCGUCCACUGCAACGUUGAGUUAAAAUGGCCCAAAGCUGUGGCUCUUUUAUUCAGGAGGCCUGUGUGCUGCUGGAUAAGUUCAGAGCUGAUGGUAGAUGUCCAGAUGUUUUACAGGACCUAAAGGUACAGAACAAAGACGUUCCACUGAGGAAGUUCACUCUUGAUGUKGUUUAUGGAUGUAUUGAGCAUAAAAAGAUGCUGGAUGUUGUURUCGGUGCAUUCUAUGGCCAGAAUAGAAACUGGCUGUCUAAAAGUCAUCACAGCCAGUUUGUCAUCGUCUGUUAUCUUGUCACGUUUGCUCUUGACGAACUUGGACUUGAGAAGUUUGGCAACAUUAUUGAAUCUCUUGGCGUUACAAAGAUGCACUUGUUUUUGAAUUUUUUCUUCUCAAACCUGACCUCGUGGAUACAAGACGAGUGGAGCAGCUUCUACGAUGCUGACUUUGUGGAGAAGCAAUGGAUUAUUCCUUUACUCGGAUGGCGCCCUGAGAUCGAUAGUCUCAUGGAUCAGCUUGCUGCCAAAAYAUCUCAAAGGAGUCAGGUCACAAAAGCUAAAGUUAAAACUACCCAGCCUCAGGAGUUCAACUUCAGCAAACCCAAACCUCAUCUGCCCCCACCUCUGCCAGAACGGACCCCCGAGCCGGAGAAACACAAACCAGUACCAAAGAGCACAUACACAGCCCCAAAAGAAGCAAAGAUAAUGGAGGAAAUUAAAGAGGAGAACCGUCAAAAGGCCAAGGGUCAACUUUAUGAWGCAAACAAGAAACAGUUCAGAUGUGUGAAAGCAGAGAAGUCUGAACACACAAAGAAAAGUUUAGCUCAGAUUGAACAAGACUUGGACUCCAAACUCAAGUUUAACUCUUUUCAUUCUACUGGACUUCCUCUCAGUAAAGCUAACCGCUGUUCUGUUAAGCUAAAUAAUGCAGCCAUUUUGAGGACGGAGUUACUGAACAACCGUCAGCUGGAAGAAGAGCUGCAGAGAGUCGAUCAGCUGGUGCAAGGAGCUCGAGAGCCUUCAUCUUUCCUGCAGUGGCAGAGAGAGAUGCUCGAUAAGGACCAUCAGGAGAAGUUGUCCACGAUUGAACAAAAGAACCUGGAGGUGCGCAUCGGUGCGGCGGAGGUGGUUCUGAUCCGUCAGCGAAUAACCGAACGCAAUCAGAAGGCCGCUCAGCUGAAGAAAGAAGAGACUGCACAACUGAUGCAAAAAUAUGCAGAAAAACGAAUGCGGGAAGAAAAAGAACUGAAAGAGUUGGUGCAACAAGUAGCAGAGGGCCACAAGAAUUCAAAAGCAGCUCUAGAGAAAAUACAGAAACUGAAGCAAAACAUAGUUAAAGAAGUAUCAGAGCAAAGCCAAGAGCUUCUUCGCCAWGCGCUGGAAGAACAACAGGAAGAGCUCUGCAGAAAGUAUCAGAUAAUCCGUGAAAUUCACGCCAUCGAGUCGCUGCCUCGCAUCAGACUCAACCAUUUUGACGACGCGGAGACCGCAGGCCACGAGCUGCUGGGGGAGAUGUCUCUGGCCGAGCUGAAGGAGCGCCUGGCCCUGCUGAGGCAGGCGGAGCGCGCAGAGCAGGAGGAGCGGCGAGGCCGCAUCCUGGAGGAGAAGAAGAGAAGAAGGCUAGAGAUGCUGGAGAAGUUAGACACCAUCGAGCUGCACAGGAGAGUGCGGGCGAAGGCAGCAGCCAACAGGAAAGAGGAGAAGAAGGCCAAGCAGGAGUUCCUGCAGCAGGUGGCUCAGGAUGAGACGGUUUUGGCUCUGAGGAAGAAACUUGAAGAGAAAAAGCAGGAAUGUAAAAGACUGAAGCUAAAUGAGAGAAGUAAGACCUGCAAACAGUCAGCAGCACACACAGAAAGCCACAGUAAGGAAAGUUUCAAGAUUGAAAGCUGGAAGGAACUGGAGCACAGCUUGGCACCCUACAUCCAGGAUGAUUCCCCCCUCAUAGGAGAAAACAGUUAAAAGAAAUGUGCUCCACAAUCUCACUAAGUAAUGUUGUUGCUUUGGAAAAUAUUGUGGAUUAACUUCACUCUUUUUGCCAUUAAACUAAAACAAACUA